GUUUCGGCACAUCGGCACGCCAGCCAGCUAAGCCCACUGAACAGUUGACGUUCAGCAGCCGUUGUGAGAGGGUGUGUCGCCUUCCUCGUCCUCUGCAAAGUAGCAGUGACUUGCUCUGCACAUUGCAUUAAUAUCUUACCGUUUGAGUGCAUUCAACAUCAACGGGUCCAUGACAUCUUGAAGGACCUUCCAUCUCUGAUCAAGACCAGGAACGUGAAGCCUGGUGAUUUCAUCGCUAUCGAAGAGUGAUCGACACUAACAGCAGAAAAAGGGGGACCGGAGAAAUAGCAAUGAAAAUAUCUUUCUUGCUGGUUUUCCGAAUGAGAUUUUAACUCGCCAUUGACUUAGUUUCUCAAAGCGAGAAGAAUCAUGGACAGUCGUGAAUGAAAUCGCUGUCAGACACGGUGACCUAGUGAUCUGUAACCUGCAGAUAGUGGCGCGUAAACUUGACUCGUUCAGCUGGUAGCUUCACAUCAUAAGAGGGUCUACCGUGUCUCACUGAGACUGACUUGAUCACUCCUUACCUCAUCUGCACAAAACAGAGAUGCCAUCAUCGUCUAGUCAUUUGAAGCGGCUGAACAUGUUCAGUAUGGAUAACAAACUCAUAGGCUGGUUGCGUCAUGUCAUGACUGCCAUAUCAAUCAUCGUAUUCAUAAUUGGCUGCAUCGUGCUUGGCUACAUGGCCUGGGUGCUUGCAACCUCCAUCACGGUGUCACGUUUCCUCUCCGGCACUUUGAUCUUCACCUACAGCGUGCUUGGCGUAGGAUUCCUCCUCUUCCUGUCUGGCCUCAUAGGAUGGGUAGCCGGUGCAUCGGAAGCCCUCUGCGUCCUACGGCUGUAUCUGGUGCUGCUGAUUUUAGUCAUCGCAUCGGAAAUCGGCGGCAUCAUCGCUCUCAACAUCUUGCAAAUGAGGUUGGACGACAUCCUGCUGAACGGCUGGGCGGAAGUGAACCAGGGCACGCGGAAUAUCAUACAGAACGCCUUUGGAUGCUGUGGUUUCUACGGUCCGAAAGAAUUCGCCUACACCAACUACCCUCUGAGUAACUCCUGCUACGACACCAUCCAGAACGCGGAUGCGGAUUCCUUCACGGAGGCUCAACAGAAGCUGAAACAAAAUGGCUGUGGAGCUCCUCUCAAGUUCUGGAUGAACGAAAACAAAGCCAUCUGGUGCUCCGUCCUGGCUGCCGUAGGAGGCCUCCAGCUGAUGUGCGUCGUCCUCUGCAUCCACAUCAUCCACAAGCUCAAGGACAAGGUCGGCUACAAGAGGACCUCUUCCUCGAAGCGACGCCUCCACAAUGAAAAAGGAGGCUACUCCCUAUGAGCCGUCGACCAUGAUGACCUCAUGUGGUAGCCUCAAAGGUCCUCCUCGCGUAGAGGCUGGUAGAAGGAACACCUUUGGGGAAGGGGUUGGAAUUAGGGGGGAGGGGUUCUUGGGUUUGGGAACUCAAGAAGUCAACGCCCGAUGACUUUUUUCCGGGCCAUCUUUCGGAAGAAGGAGGGACCAGGAAGUUUGGCAAAGAGAGCUGACUGAAGAGCUUCUGGUGAUCCGGAAAGUCAUCGUGGGAUAACUACUUGAGGGCCACUUUGGGGGAGAUAAUUAGGGUCUGCAGGAGAUGACUCUGUUUAUCAUUAGGUUCAGGAGUCUUUCAGAGAAACCUUUGAAAGUCUUGCUCGAGCAAAGCCUAGCCGUGUCCUUUGUGAAUAGGACUUGAAUGUUUUCCAGGGCAAACUUUUAGAAAUUUCUUGCGUAAAACUUCUCGAUUAGCAAUUUGGAAAAUUAGUCCAUCCUGGAUAGGAUUUAACAUCCCUGCGAAUGUGUUCCAACUGGAAUUUUAGGUUUUAUGUAGUAGUUCGAAAUUAAAUUUUUCUUGUCAUAUUUUGGAACGGUUUGAUUUUGGAUUCGAAAAACUUCUGGAAUAGGACUUCGUAAAAUCCUUUCUGAGAAGGUCUUCAGAAAAGUCCAAAGAGGGACUUCUGGAAAUCUUUGAUUUGGGUUCUGAAGACUUUUCGAGUAGGACUUUGUUCAGUCUUUUCUAAGGAAGUCUAGAAAGUGUGGAGUGGGUCUUUGAAAAGUCCUUCUGUCGGACUGACGAAGCCUCAGUGACGAACCAGAGUCGUCUCGUGUGAUGACCUUUCUUAGUUUUCUGUCUUGAAAAGGGUCACUAUUCGAAGAGGACGCCCUUCUUCGAAUUGAACAUGAGGUCAUCAUGUGGUAACUAAGUUCCUCCUCGAGUUGCAACUUGAGUUUUCACGUGGUGAUCAGUGUUUUCGCGUGAUGCCGACGUCACCCUUCAGGGUGACUGAAGUCCAGCGUGAUAACCCGAAUUCAUUCUUACGCCAUUCAAGCUGAUUUUCAAUCUGUAUACUACUUAGGGGUCUGUAUUUUCAAGUCUGUAGCGACGUUUUCUUUUCCAAAAGGUGUCCUUUUUUUUUUUUUAAGAUCCAUAUUAGUCCCCGUCAGCUGAAAUUUGCGUCGAGAACAAAAGUACGUUAUAUGUAAUUUCCAUUUAGUUGUGUAUCAGAAAGUGUUUACUUGAAUAUAAUUAAAUUUGGCUUACGACACCUUCUGGCAAAAAGGAGUAAGACCUGGAGAAAACGUAUAGAAAUAUGUAAUGAUAAUUGUAUAAUUAUAAGCCUAUAUAUAUAUAUAUAUAUAUAUAUAUA